AUGGAAGGAAGAGGGGGCGGAGCUGUGUAGGUGCUGGGGAGGGGGCCGCCCAAUUAGGGCGCUUGGAGAGCUGAGAACAGGGAGUCCGACUGUCCGGCUGUCCGCCAGCGGCUCGCUGCGUGGGAGGGGGAAGGCGCUCUAGCGCAUCCGUACACCCGACUGCCCGGGGGCCUCCUCCCCCAUCCACAGCCCCCGCGGUAGCCGCUGUCAACUGGAGGCCAGGCGGGGCCGAGGCGUGGCGCUGCUGGGAAGUGAAUCCCAGUCUCCUCCCCAGCGGCUGCAGCGAGCGCCGCCGACAUGACCGAUAACAUCCCUCUGCAGCCUGUCAGGCAGAAGAAACGAAUGGAUAGCAAGCACCGCGCUGGGUGUUGUGAUUGCCUGAGAUGCUGUGGCCGAGGAGAUCCCCGGCCCAGAACAGUCUGGCUUGGUCACCCAGAAAAAAGGGACCAGAGGUAUCCUCGAAAUGUGAUCAAUAAUCAGAAGUACAGCCUGUUUACCUUUCUUCCAGGGGUGCUGUUUAAUCAGUUCAAAUACUUUUUCAAUCUUUACUUCUUACUUUUGGCCUGUUCUCAGUUUGUCUCUGAAAUGAGACUUGGAGCACUUUAUACAUACUGGGUUCCCUUGGGGUUUGUGCUGGCCGUCACCAUCAUCCGAGAAGCAGUGGAAGAGAUCCGAUGUUACAUGCGGGACAAGGAAGUGAAUUCCCAGAUCUAUAGCAAGCUCACAGCGAGAGGCACAGUAAAGGUGAAGAGUUCUGGCAUCCAAGUGGGAGACCUUAUCAUCGUUGAAAAGAACCAACGGGUCCCUGCUGACAUGAUCUUCCUGAGGACAUCAGAAAAAAAUGGUUCUUGCUUUUUGAGGACUGAUCAGUUAGAUGGGGAGACAGACUGGAAACUCCGCUUGCCUGUGGCUUGUACACAAAGAUUACCCACUGCUGCUGACCUUCUUCAAAUUCGAUCCUAUGUCUAUGCUGAAGAGCCCAAUAUUGACAUCCAUAACUUUGUGGGAACUUUUACAAGGGAAGACAGUGACCCUCCCAUCAAUGAGAGCUUAAGUAUAGAGAAUACACUCUGGGCUGGCACAGUCGUAGCAUCAGGCACAGUUGUGGGUGUGGUCCUUUAUACUGGUCGGGAACUAAGAAGUGUCAUGAAUACUUCCAAUCCAAGAAGUAAGAUUGGCCUUUUUGACCUAGAAGUAAACUGCCUCACGAAGAUAUUGUUUGGAGCUUUGGUUGUGGUGUCUCUCGUCAUGGUGGCAUUGCAACACUUUGCUGGCCGUUGGUAUCUGCAGAUCAUUAGAUUCCUUCUCUUGUUUUCCAACAUCAUUCCCAUCAGUUUACGUGUCAAUUUAGACAUGGGAAAGAUUGUAUAUAGCUGGGUGAUUCGCAGGGAUUCCAAAAUUCCUGGCACUGUGGUUCGUUCCAGCACAAUUCCUGAACAGCUUGGGAGGAUCUCCUAUUUACUCACAGACAAAACAGGAACUCUUACUCAAAAUGAGAUGGUCUUUAAACGACUCCACCUUGGAACAGUUGCUUAUGGAUUAGAUUCAAUGGAUGAAGUACAAAGCCACAUAUUUAGCAUUUACACCCAGCAAUCUCAAGACCCACCCACUUUAAAGGGCCCUACACUGACCACCAAAGUCCGGAAAACCAUGAGUAGCCGCGUUCAUGAAGCUGUGAAAGCAAUUGCCCUCUGCCACAAUGUUACACCAGUCUAUGAGUCUAAUGGAGUGACGGAUCAAGCAGAAGCAGAGAAGCAUUAUGAGGACUCGUGCCGGGUAUACCAAGCAUCCAGCCCAGAUGAGGUGGCUCUAGUCCAGUGGACUGAAAGUGUUGGUUUAACCCUGGUGGGCAGAGAUCAAUCUUCUAUGCAGCUGAGGACGCCUGGUGGCCAGAUUCUGAACUUCACCAUUCUUCAAAUCUUUCCCUUCACUUAUGAAAGCAAACGGAUGGGCAUCAUAGUCAGGGAUGAGUCAACAGGAGAAAUCACAUUCUACAUGAAAGGAGCAGAUGUUGUCAUGGCUGGUAUUGUGCAGUAUAAUGACUGGCUGGAAGAAGAGUGUGGCAAUAUGGCCAGGGAAGGCUUGAGAGUGCUGGUGGUUGCAAAGAAGUCUCUGACAGAAGAGCAGUAUCAGGACUUUGAGGCACGCUAUGUCCAAGCAAAGCUCAGUGUUCAUGAUCGUUCCCUCAAAGUGGCUACUGUGAUUGAGAGCUUGGAAAUGGAGAUGGAGCUGCUUUGUCUAACUGGAGUGGAGGACCAGUUGCAGACAGAUGUGCGGCCUACUUUGGAGACCUUGAGGAAUGCGGGCAUCAAGGUUUGGAUGCUGACGGGGGACAAACUGGAGACAGCCACAUGUACAGCCAAGAAUGCACAUCUGGUAACCAGGAACCAGGACAUCCAUAUUUUUAGACUGGUGACUAAUCGGGGAGAAGCACAUUUGGAGCUGAAUGCGUUCCGCAGGAAACAUGACUGUGCCCUGGUCAUCUCUGGCGACUCCCUAGAGGUGUGUCUGAAAUAUUACGAGUAUGAGUUCAUGGAGUUGGCCUGCCAAUGUCCAGCAGUGGUCUGCUGUCGCUGCGCCCCCACCCAAAAAGCCCAGAUUGUGCGCCUGCUCCAAGAACGGACGGGAAAACUCACUUGUGCAGUAGGUGAUGGAGGCAAUGAUGUGAGCAUGAUUCAGGAAUCUGAUUGUGGUGUAGGGGUAGAAGGAAAGGAAGGAAAACAAGCAUCUCUUGCUGCAGAUUUCUCUGUCACUCAAUUUAAACAUCUGGGCCGGUUACUUAUGGUUCAUGGAAGGAACAGUUACAAACGCUCAGCCGCCCUCAGUCAAUUUGUUAUCCACAGAAGCCUCUGUAUCAGCACCAUGCAGGCUGUUUUCUCCUCGGUGUUUUACUUUGCUUCUGUACCACUUUACCAAGGAUUUCUCAUCAUUGGGUAUUCCACUAUUUACACUAUGUUUCCUGUAUUCUCUCUGGUCCUGGACAAAGAUGUCAAGUCAGAAGUUGCUAUGCUAUAUCCAGAACUCUACAAGGACCUCCUUAAGGGACGGCCACUGUCCUACAAGACCUUCUUAAUAUGGGUUUUGAUAAGUGUCUAUCAGGGUAGCAUCAUUAUGUAUGGAGCAUUAUUGCUUUUUGAGUCUGAAUUUGUCCACAUUGUUGCAAUCUCCUUCACAUCCUUGAUUCUUACCGAGCUGCUAAUGGUGGCGUUAACGAUUCAGACGUGGCAUUGGCUCAUGAUAGUGGCAGAACUGCUCAGCCUCUCCUGUUACAUCGCCUCCCUGGUCUUCUUACAUGAAUUCAUUGAUGUUUACUUCAUUGCUACUGUGUCAUUCUUGUGGAAGGUCACGGUCAUCACCCUGGUCAGCUGUCUUCCCCUUUAUGUCCUGAAAUACCUACGAAGACGAUUCUCUCCUCCUAGUUACUCAAAGCUCACGUCGUAGCCCAUUCAUCUGUUGGAGAGAACUCUUAUUUUGCACAUCACUGAUGGAAAAAAAAAAUGAUGUACUCCUAUUAACGACUACUUAUGAUAGUUGUGUUUGGAUCAUGCAGUAAUUGUUUGUAUGUGCUGCUUCAGUGAGAAGAAACUUUACAAAUUCAAUUAACUGAACCCUUUUGCAGAGUAACUGGGGUGGGAUGGGUACAUACAAGCAUCUCAUUGGGUCAGUUUUUCCCUGUUCAAUUAUCAUUGAAUUGAAUGGGUAUGAAUAUAUAGAAAAUUGAUGGCUUGGCCAAGAUAUUCGUGAAGGGCACCAUGAAAGUGGCUUAAUGACUAUGACUUGGGUCAUGAUGUGGCAAUAGUUAUUAAGGAGAUGAAGAUUGUAAGGAGUUGUUUUGUUUUGGUAUCGAACUGUCCUAACGUUGUUUAAUUUUUAUUUAAAAUUGUCUUUCUAGUGAGACAGUGGCAUUUGGUACAUUUGGGAGGAAGCUAUGAGCAUCAUAUAAAAUUAUUUAAAAAGAAAUCUGCUUGCAAUCUUGUGGUGUCACUUUCCCUUUCCACUGUUCAUUAGAAUAACCCAGGACUGAAAUUGUGAGGCCAGAACCCCAGAUCCAGUUAUACUGUACUAUGGUCCAGUACUCAUGGCACUCCUUUCAACUUCACCAGCCACCUGACUCGGUCACUUUUUAAAGGUGUCAUCAUUCUCUGUGGUGGAUCAAAUAAUUGAAUGGUACCUAGCUCUCCAAGAAUUUUCCCUAAACUUCAGCAGACUUCUCUAAUGGGAAAUCUGCUGCUGGGCUGCUUCUAAAUGUGUCGACAGUGUGAUAAGAGACUCAACUAAUUCUUUAGACAAUAAGGCAGAUGUGGCUCAAAUCGUCUGAGACUAAAAAGGAAAGGUCAAAGAACUGCCACUCUUCGCUUACGUUAAAAAAAAAAUCUGUUUCCUGUUAAGUGAAAUUAUUGAAGAUGAACAGAAAAUAAACCAAGGCUUCCUACUCUUACCAUUCAUCAAUGACUUUUUAAAACAAGAAAAUUUUAGUGGAGAGAAGGCUACAGCCCCAGCUUUGGGAAAGGGAAUGUGCUUCAAUGAAACCAAUUUGAAGGUAAACUUGAUGAAAAGCAGUCAGUAGUAAAGAAUUCUCUCCCACUGGGGGUUAGAGCUUGGGGGGGGGGGGGGGGGUGUGUUUCUUAUACAGCAAUAUUUCAUGUGAACCAUAACUUAUUGUUUCCAAGAAUAAUGUAAAAAAUUUGGAAUAAUUCUUCUAUA